AGUAAAAAUUAUAUCAAAUGAUAAUGACAAAUGUGAAUUUCUUUUAAUGGUGGAGUCUUUACAACCAACAAUAACACAAGCAUUUGAUAAUAUAAAAAAAUAUGCAUUUAAUCAUCCCAAACAGAAAAAACUUAAUAAUAAUAUAGCCGCAUUUAUUGUUGAGGACCUUCAACUAUUUGCAGUUCUUCGAUCACAAGCAUUUAAACGAGUAAUUGAAAGACUUGAUAUCCAAGCCAACAUACCAAGUAUAGAUCAUUUGAAAGAAAUUUUUAUAAAUAGUGAAGAUAAAAUUUUAAAAAAGAUUCGUGAGUAUGCAAUUAACAAUACUGAAAUUAGUAGUAUUUCAUUUACUACUGAUAUGUGGACGUUAGACAAUGGUGAUCCAUAUAUCGAACUCAUGCUUCACUGGAUUAAUAGUAAUUUUCAAAUAAAAGAAAUUAUUGGUAAUAUUUCAUACCUUCCGUAUCCUCAUACUGCCAAAUGUCUUUUUAAUAAAAUAAUCGAAAUUUUAGAUAAUCUUCAACUUAAAAAUGUAACUGUUUGUGGUACAAUUGAUAAUGGAUCAAAUAUCAAAUCGUGUUUAGAAAAAUUAGAGCGAAAAUAUGAACUAUCAUUAAAUGAUUGGGAUAAAAUAACCAAAUUAGUCAAAUUAUUAUAUCUUUAUGAGGUUAUUUCUAAAAAAUUAUCUGGUUCACAAUAUCUAACACUUUCGCAGGCAUGGUUUGUGAUUAACUUUAUUAAAGUGAAGUUCGAUUGUGCUAUAACCAAUUAUACUGAUAUUCAAAAUUUUAGAAAUUUUCUUUAUGAAUCAAUUCAAACACGAUUUUUAGAACCAACAAAACCAAUUCGGCUUGCUGCUUUCUUUGAUCCUCGAACUAAAGAUAUGCAAAUAUUUAUAAAAGAAAAUAAAAAACUUACAAUUUCGGAAGCACUUACUGAAUAUGAAUUAACUUGUGAUUCUUUUGAAACCAAUACUUUAUCAAAUGCAAAUAACAAAGAUAUUUUUGCUUCAACAACCACUAAUUUUCAAGAAAAUCCAGGACAACAAUAUAGUACAAGCUGUGAAUUUAAUUCAUAUCUUUUGGUACCAAAAGCUUCAAGUGAAACGGAUAUACUUCA